AUGUCCUCGACCACUACAGUAGGCCGCAUUAUUUGCUUUAUUGGCUUCAUUUUCUUGGCGCACGCAUCGUACUCAACAUAUGAACAUUUAUCCUAUCUAAAAGCAGUGGAGAGAGUAGAGCGUGAACUUCCAUUAGAUAUCAAGCUAGAAACAUUGUCUUCGGUCGCCAUAUUCUCACUAGGAGUUGCCCUUGUUGCUGGAUCGUUGAAAGAGAUUUAUGUAAAGAGCGAGAUGGCAAAAAAGACAAUCGACCUGGUUGACACAAGACCAUCGUUCAUCAUUUUCAAUCACCGUGGGCGAGUAGUGAAGAAACAGUAA